AUUCGCUAAACCAGAAUCCAUAUCCACUUCAUCUAUCACAAGCAGCGUCUCUCUUGAGUCUCUUGACACGUAACCUUAGCUUUCACGCCAUGAACAUGAACAUGACGCAGGACGACUACGUUCAGCUGUGCCUCAUGGCGCUCGCCUCCGCGGCAUCGGCAUCGGGCGGCGUCCAACCAGCGGAGGGGCAAUGGCUACAGGUUACGCCGCUGUCGUCCGCCCCGCCAGCAGCCUGCGAGCUCCGCUACCGGUGCUCCGUCUGCGGCAAGGCGUUCCCGUCUCACCAAGCGCUGGGCGGGCACAAGGCCAGCCACCGGACGCGGGCGGCGGCGGCUGUGCUGCCCCUGCACGUAAGCGCGUCGUCGGCGGACGAAACGACGGCUUCCUCGACCACGUCCGGCGGCGGCAGGCACAAGUGCUCCGUGUGCCACCGGAGCUUCGCAACGGGGCAGGCGCUCGGUGGGCACAAGAGGUGCCAUUACUGGGACGGGCUGUCAGUGUCGCUAACGGCGUCGGCGUCCACGGCCUCGGGUUCCGGGUCCUGCUUGAGGGAUUUUGACCUCAACCUGACACCGGUGCCAGAGAGGGCCACCGCCGCCAUGCGAAGGUGGGGAGAGGAGGAGGAGGUGCAGAGCCCUUUGCCGAUCAAGAAGCGGCGGCUGUCAGUUCCUUCCUUGGAGCUUAACUUAACAACUUGAUUGGUUACAUAAAGUGCUAGAGCUGUCGCAACAUUCGUUCGUUCUUUAGUCCUUCUUGAGUGCCCAGUUUGCGAUUAAUUCUUGAUUUGUAU